AAUUUGUCAAAUAGUUUGUUUAUUUCAAAAUUUUUCUAGUGGAAUAAUAAAAUGGCGCGAAGGAUAACCAGAUCAGCAUCGUCCGGAAAUCUGCUAGAAGCAGACGACGGAACCUCGAAAGCGCCACCUCUUGACGAGGAUGAUGACCUGAAGAGUAGUUUUCUCCCUGGCUUACUAGGGAGAAGGAAGAAAAGACUUCCAUCUGAAAAGCCAAAGGAUUGCCAAGCAAGGAUUGGGUGUGUAAAGGUCACUUUGAAAAAAGGGUUAGUUUACGAAGAGGAAGUUGACGCAAUUGUCAACAGUACUUCACAAACAUUAACACUGGACGCAGGAAAUGCCUCGCGAGCAAUGUUACAAAAAGCUGGACGCUCUAUUCAACAGGAAUGCACGCGAAAAUAUCCGGACGGAAUCAAGUUUGGAGAACUGGCAGAAACUGGAGGCGGAGAGUUGUACUGUGGAUAUAUAUUCCAUGGAUGUCUGAAGUACUGGAGAGCAGAAGAAAGCAACUCAGUGGAACAAACUCUUACAGAUCUUGUAACCAAGUGUCUUGAGAGGGGAGAUCAAUUGCAGAUUAAUUCGAUCGCCAUUCCUGCACUGGGCACAGGUUUUCUACAGUUUCCUGCUAAAGUCGUUGUUUGUCGUCUGCUUCAAUGUGUAAAAGACUUUGAAAUGAGACAUAAAUCAACGACUGUUAACGAUAUACGCUUCGUUAUAUUCCCUAAGGAUACCAAAACGUUUGAAGACUUCGAAAAUGAAUUCAAUCGUUAUUCGUAUACUAUAUACCAAAAGCCAACUUCGCAAGGAGUUUUACCUUCCAAACCAAAAGAUAUUGAAUGUACUCUUGAUAAUCUGACGGUGAAGCUUGUCUCUGGAUGUCUAGUGGAACAAAAGGUUGAUGUCAUUGUUGAGGCCCUACCUCCAUAUGGAAAGCCUGGGUCCACCAGAUCGUCUAAAGCCAUCGUUAAGGCUGGUGGUUCCGGUAUAGAAAGGGAAUUCACCAAAGCGUUCCCGGUGGGGAUAGACGUAGGUGAUGUCGAAUCCAUCGGAGGUCAUAAUAUUCAAAACAUUAAAAAGGUGUACUUCGGGGCCCUGCCAAGGUAUACUGUUAAGGAAGGGGAUCAAAACCAGCAGGCACUGGUAUUAAUGGUUCAACUUUCUUUGAUGAAGCUACAAGAAGAUGGUUAUAAAACCAUUGCAGUUCCAACACUUGGUGUUGGAGACUUUAAAUUUCCUCCGAGGAUAUCGGCAAUGAAAAUCUUUUCUUCUAUCAAAGAAUACAACACAGCCAACAGGGACUCAAAAAUAGAUAUAGUUUAUGUAGUAGUAGACGUAAGAGAUUCAGAGUUUCUAAAUAUAUGGAAGGAAUUUGGCAGAGAAAUAAUAAAGAUAGCACCUCCGAAGAUGAAAAAUAAGGCUCCAAUAAUAAUAGAACCAAAACCCAAACCUCCACCUGUUCGGGGGUCACGUGACUGGUUCUCCAUGAUGUACGAGGAGGAGCUUUGUGUUCCGUCCUACUGGACUGAUUUUAAAGGGGGAGAAAAGAUCAAGGUCUGUAAACGACGGAACAGACGACAUCCGUACAGCCUUGUCAACGUCGACCAGAAUACAAAGGAUCUGGUCGUUAACAUCGUAGAAAAGACUUGGGAAUCUCACAAUGUAGGAAAAGGUGCCGAUGCAAAGGGAUUGGAUAUGCUUUUCUAUAACAAUAUUCGAAUUACUAAAGUAGAACGUGUGGAGAAUCUAGAUUUAUAUGAGAGUUAUGUUCAGGAAAGACAAAGGUUUUUUGACAAAGCAAGAGCCAGAGGCGGUCCAUUUCCUUUAGGAACUCUUCCAAAAUCAUCCGGCGAAAUCAAAACUACCUCUAUUCUGAAGUCAAACAAAACCAGCACUUCUUUUCUUUCAGACAUUUAUCCAGAAAUUAAUGAACAUUACGUUUUUCACGGGACAUUAGCAGAAACUUUAGAUUCUGUUCUGACACAAGGAUUAGAUUGUAGAAUGUCUAGAGGCACCGCUAUGUUUGGACAGGGGGCAUACGGUGCCGAGAGUUCAACAAAAGCUGAUCAAUACGUAGACAAGAAAGAAAACAGAAAGAAAAUUCCUCAUCAGAUGCUGCUAGUUCGGAUGUGUUUGGGAGACGUAUGUCUGUAUGAUUUCCCUGUAGCUCACAGACGAGCGCCGUGUAAAAAGUGUAGAAAGGACAACUGCACUACACACAAACCUGAAAGACUUCUAUGAUUCUGUUGUUGGGGAUGGGAAGUGGUUAUUCCGGGAAUUCAUUGUGUAUGACAAGCGUCAGACAUACCCUGAAUAUCUCAUCACCUACGAACGUGUAUAAAACUUCACCAUACUCUUUUUUCAAUCCUGAAUGUGUUGACAAGAAAUUGAAAAUUACAACUGAGUCUGUUCAUUUGAAUGAAGCAAAAUUUAUUUAAAAAUCUACAUAAAAAUAA